GGAUCGGAACAUCUCGUUAAUACCUUUAUUGCAUACAGAAAUUCAUUGUAGGCAGUUAAAUUUCCACUUCAACAAAUACCUCAAAUAAUGGCGCGAUACGACUUGAAAGCUUUACGAUCUGAUCUUUGUAAAGAGUUGGCGAACGGAUUUCAGAAAGAGUCCGUAGAAAUGGUAAAGCAGCUACUGUCCAAGUACAAAAGUCACCCAGGGGACUGGGAGGGAAUGGAAAUCUGGAGCAAGGACAAAUAUACCCGUACCUUAUUAGACAACGGGAAUGGACAUUACAACUUGCUGAUAUUAUGCUGGAAUUCCGGUCAGAAAAGCCAAAUACAUAAUCAUCCAAAUUCCCACUGCUUUAUGAAGACCCUUAAGGGAGAGGUGUUCGAAGAGCUGUAUAAGAAUCCGGAUAUGACGUCAUGUGAAAGGUCUUGUGGAUGUAAAAUGGAGAAGAUAAAAGACAGCGUUUACAGUUUAAACGACGUGGCUCUUAUCACUGACGCAGAAGGUCUUCAUAGAGUCGGGAACAAAAGUCAAACAGAAGGUGCUGUUACUUUACAUCUUUAUUCCCCGCCAUUUGCCUCGUGUCGGACGUAUGAUGACGACACAGGCAAGUCAACAGAGGUCAAGAUGGAGAUCGACAAGGAUUUCAGCCAACAAUGCUGCGCAAGUUCCUGUUGUGGAGAAUAAUCGGCAUUAAGAAUGUAUACUUUGAGAAAAAUAACCAAAACGUACGAAUUGUUAUGACUAUUAAAUGAUAAUGUUACGAUCUGGAAUAAAGUAUUUUUGAACUUAUUUUAGAUAACUGUGUAAAUAACAUGAUCGGACUUUGUGUAGAAUGAUAUCAAAACUUUGUAUAUUUUAGCAAGUGUGAUAAAUUUCAUAAAUUCCGCGCAGCCUUAAUCUCUACGAAAGCACAGUCAGAGAUAGACAGUU